GUCAUUUUUAUAAGGUCCCAUCUAAGACCAAACGGUAGCUUUGUAAAUAUGGGUCACAAUUUAGUCCAAUACAGAAGCAAAAAUCGCUUCACAUGUGACAUGCAGUCAUAAUAGUUCCAUACAAUUACAUAGAACUGGUGUCAGCUAUUCUUAGAUGAUGUUAUGUAAUGUCUAAGUAAUCGGUAAGUGUUUAAUACUACGGAGAUCCUAAAUAACAGCAUUAUUCUGUCAUCUGAGUAUUUCAACAAUGUUGCGAACUGUGAUAUUUAUUUUGGCCGUCGUUUGCCUAAGUUCUGUUAAUGCUGACACAGCAUCGUCCGAGAAAAUUGUCUGUUAUUAUGCAACCGGUCUUUCAAAUUACUCUACCCCUUUGCCACCCGGUCUCGACCCUACCUUAUGUACUCAUUUGAUCUUAAUUGGAUCCAGUAUAAUUGAUGGACAGAUCAAACCCCAAAAACCAACUGAUCCACAGGUGUACUAUGAGAAAAUUCCUUUAAUGAAAAAACUUAACCCACAGCUGAAAGUUUUAUUAUGCAAUGGAGGAAAUUUCAAUGGGGUUCUUGCCACAAGUCAGAAUCGAUCCAGAUUUGCCAACAGUUCUUUGCCCAUUCUCAGGAAAUAUGGUUUUGAUGGGUUGGAUCUUGAUUUCGAAUUCCCUGCUUGGAAUGGUUUACCCAAGUAUCAGAAACAUUCCUUCAGUCUUUUAUUGAUGGAACUCUAUGCAUUGUUUCAACAAGAAGCUGCCCUUACCAACAGACCACGCUUGAUGCUGACUGCAGCUGUCGUUUCCACAAAGGAGAUAACUGAUGCCUCUUAUGAAGUCCCUAUUCUUGCUAAAGUACUGGACUUCAUCAACCUGAUGUGUUACGACUACCAUGCUUUUGCUUACUACGAUCCCUUCACAGGAUUUAACAGUCCACUCUACCCUGAAAAGCAUGAUUCCAUCUAUGGCAACCGGUCCAUUGUUUUCUCCGCUAACUACUGGAUUCUGAAGGGGAUGCCAAAGUCUAAAGUUGUGGUUGGAAUUCCUUUGUAUGGCCACAGCUACAAGCUGGUGUUUAAGGGUUCGCAUGGGGUCCAUGCUCUCAGUUAUGGACGAGGUGAAAAUGGCGGCUUUGUCACUUAUCCACAAGUGUGCAAAUAUCUCCAAUCAAACUUCACCAGGGUGUUCUAUGAACAGUGUCAGGUCCCUUACAUGUACAAGGAUCAUCUAUGGAUUAGUUAUGAAGAUGAAGAGAGCCUUAGUAUAAAGGUGAACUGGAUCAAGAGCCAUGGUUAUCCGGGUAUUAUGGUGUACUCAAUGAACUAUGAUGAUUACUUGGGUGUUUGUGAUGGGGGCAAGACAAAGAACCCACUCCUGAAGAUUAUUAACAAGUUCCGGCUGUAAGGCUCACAUCCCACGUCCCUGCCUGCCCACUUUCGUUUCCUAACCUCCCUCGCCCCCACCUGUUUUUAUUAUUCACAUGGACCCUAAUAUUUUAAAUGCUUGCAAUAAUCCUUCAUUGUGCCUCUUUCCUCACCUCUCAAUCUCUCAACUUUCUAGCCCUUAAGUUUACAAAGUCCAACCACACCCCUACUCUUUUCAUCCUAACAUUCGGUUUUACCCCCCACCAAUCUUGAUUGCGGAUCUGCCCCUGGAGCCUAAAAAACAUAGCCUUGCAGGAUUUCAUUAUGUGUCUUUCAGUUGUAAGUUCAAAUCCUACCCAAUCCUUCUUUGUCUUUCAUCCUUCUGGGGUGGGGGUCACUAAAAUCAAUAGCAACACAGUG